AUGCUGUGUGCUCUGAUUCUCUUGUCUGGUCUCCUGGGGGCCGCCAAGGCCAGCCCCAUCUCAGGCCCCCAGGAGUGUGCCAAGGGCUCCGAGGUAUGGUGUCAGGAUCUGCAGGCAGCUGCGAAGUGCCAGGCUGUGAGGUUCUGCCAGAGUGCUGUCUGGAGCAAGCCCACAGUCAGGACCCUGCCCUGCAGUAUAUGCCAGGAUGUGGCAGCCGCUGCUGGUAACGGGAUGAACCCAGAUGCUACAGAGUCUGAUAUUUUGGCAUCGUUAAUGAAGACCUGUGAGUGGCUUCCGAGCCCGGAAUCUUCAGCAAAGUGCAAGAUGAUGGUGGGCAACCAUAGCACAGCUGUUCUGGGCAUGCUCAGUGGAACCGUAGAAAGUGCCCUGGCUCCGGCAUGUACUGCGCUCACCCUCUGUGAGCCGCUACAGAGGUACCUAGCCACUGCCACCUCAGAGAGCCCACCGACCCAAGAGGAUGCAACUGAGGUGAUGGCUCCAUUCUUGUCCAAUGGGGCCCUCAGCUUCCACCCGUCACAGGUGCUUGGGGGUGCUGUAUGCCAAGAUUGUAUCCAGCUGAUCUCCCGACUCCAGGGUUCUCUGGAGUCUAACUUGACCUCGGCAGAGGUAGCUGUCCAGGAUCAGUGUGAAUCCCUGGGGUCUGGCCUGGUUGCACUCUGCAAGAACUACAUCCGCCAGCAGUUUGUCCCCGCCAAGCAAAUGCUGCAGAUUCUCCACCCACAGGAGGUCUGCAGGAAGGGGGGCUUCUGUGAGGAGCAGAGAGAGCCUGCCCACCGGCUGGCUCAAAUGGCCGCUGUGAAUGGAGUCCCCUCUCUGGAGAUGGAACUGCCAAGGAAGAAUGAGAUGCAGAUGCAGUUGGGCCUGACCUGCGAUGUGUGCUUGAACGUGAUCCAGGAGAUGGACAAAUGGCUCAUGACCAACAGCACAGAAGCCCUCGUCACCCACGCUCUGGAACGAGUAUGUUCCAUAAUGCCAGAAUCUCUGGUCCAGCAGUGCAUCACCCUGGUGGAGACCUACAGCCCCAGCUUGGUACAGCUUGUGACCAGGGUCACGCCAGAGAAAGUGUGUGAGACCAUCCGGCUGUGUAACAACAGAAGGCAGGCCAGGUCCGUUUCCAGGGCUGAGGCAACCACACCAGCCCUGCUGAUGGAUGAAGAAAACCAGGGCAGCUUCUGCCAAGGAUGCAAAAGGAUACUGGGCGUAUCUUCCCAGAAUCUGGAUCGCAAGAGCACCAAGCGGGACAUCCUGAACGCCUUCAAAGGUGGUUGCCGCAUCCUGCCACUGCCCUACGUGCUGCAGUGCAACCGCUUCGUAGCGGAAUAUGAACCUGUGCUCAUAGAGAGCCUCAGGUUUAUGAUGGACCCCACGGACCUCUGCAAGAAGAUGGGGGCCUGCCACAGCCCCAAGGUCCCACUUCUAGGCACGGAUCAGUGUGUCAUGGGCCCCAGCUUUUGGUGCAAGAGUCCAGAGGCUGCUGAGAUGUGCAACGCCGUGGAACACUGCCAGCGUCUUGUGUGGAAAAAGCCAGAUUCCGAAGUCAAAGAGCAGCCAUGA